GCCGAGGAGGACACUGAGUGCUUGUUUUGUCACUGCCAGCAACACUGGAUGUUUUUUUUUUCUAUUGCUGGGAAUACUUGGAUUUUUUUUUUUUUGCUUAACUGGAUUUAUGAUUUGCGCGCUUGGAUACAAUUAUUAAUAACAACGCUGUAGUGGAAGCAAACACACACACAUAUAUAUAUAUAUAUACACACACACACACAUAUAUAUAUAUAUAUACACACACACACACAUAUAUAUACACACACACACACAUAUAUAUAUACACACACACAUAUAUAUAUAUAUGCACAUACACACACACACAUAGAGGAAUCGAUGGGGAAAAUAAGUUGACUGCUACCUUGGGAGAAAUUGUUUUUUGUUAUUUUUUUUUUUCCUGCUUCCAGGGAAGGGAUUGCUCUCACCACCUUCUGAUCACCACCAUGGGGAUUUUGGAUACAUAGUAUCCUGUAGUGCUUUGGCACUUCUGAUGUUGGAUUGUUUCUUUUCCUGAGUGCAAGAAAAUAACAAUUUCGGAGUGCAUGACAGGAAGAGAAUAAUAAUAAUAAUAAUAAGAGAAGAAGAAGAAGAAUCACACAUAAAUAUCCACCUUGAUGAUUAGAAUUAGAAGAGUAGAUCCAUAGGCACCGAUUUGGCAUAUAUGGAGGGAAUUUGGUCGACUUUGCAGCCGUGCGUAAAAUAACUUGCUCUUGGUUCGAAUCCCGCAUGCAGUCCCGGCUGUGGACGCGGCCUCGGUGCAUGGAUCAGCCGACAUGGCGAGCUGUGAGAUCUAAAAGAUGAAUGCAGAAUUCCACACGCUGACACACAUCCGUCGGUUUCCCCCUUUCACACUGCAGGAGAGGGAAAUCAAGCCGAAGGUGGAGCAGAUGCGAGGCCAGGUGCUUCCCACCUCCACCAUGUGGGAGAUCUAAGGCCGCGCACUGGAUCAUCCACCACGGGGGGAGAGGGAGUUUUUCCAUCACAUCAAACAUUAUUUUGAUUUAGUUUAGCUUUCUUUUUGUUCUUCUUCUUGUUGUUGUUCAUUUCUCGUAGGGUUCCUCUGAAUGCCUGCAAAGUAGAUAGAUAGAUAGAUAGAUAGAUAGAUCUUCUCAGAAGUAGGUCAGAUCUUGCAGGAGAUAAAGCUGGCCAAAAUGGGAGUGACUCUCCUCUCACUCGUCACGCUGAUAUGACAUCUUGGUCACUUUUCAAAAUUUGCCUCGAUCCAUGACCGCUUGACCACCUGGCUGCGUCGUCUGUCCUCAUCUCGGCUUGUGAGGAUUCGCCUUCGUCCUCGGAUCUUGUUUUCUUGCUUCCCCGACAUCCUUCCUGGCUCUCCCAGAGUGCGUAUGGCUCUUUGCGGGACCACGGCUGCGAACGCGGCUAAAAUGAUGGCGGCUUACAGCGGAGGCGCUUCGGCUGUGGCGUCAGCAGCCCACCAUCCACACCACCAUCACCAGUUGGCGCACCUUCCCCCACCGCACCAGAUCCAUCACCAGCACCACCACCAUGCCGGGCAACACCAUCUCCAACAACAGCAGCAGCAGCAACAGCAGCAUCCAGCUCCGGGUUCGGCUGCUGCCGUCCAUCCUGUUCAGCAGCAACAUGCGUCCGCUGCCGUCAUGCUCAACCCGAGUCAGCAGCAGCAGCAGCAACCAUACUUUCCGUCGCCCGCACCCGGACAGGCUCCUGGUCCGGCUGCGGCUGCGGCGCCCGCUCAGGUGCAGGCUGCGGCCAUCAAGGCGCACCAUCAUCACCAUCAACACCAUCUACAGCAGCAGCUGGACAUCGAACCUGAUCGGCCUAUCGGAUACGGGGCGUUCGGCGUGGUCUGGUCUGUGACGGACCCCCGCGACGGUAAACGUGUGGCCCUCAAAAAGAUGCCCAACGUCUUCCAGAACCUCGUCUCCUGUAAGAGGGUCUUCCGCGAGCUGAAAAUGCUCUGCUUCUUCAAACACGACAACGUCCUGUCAGCUCUGGACAUCCUGCAGCCUCCUCACAUUGACUACUUUGAGGAAAUCUACGUAGUGACGGAGUUGAUGCAGAGCGACCUCCAUAAGAUCAUCGUGUCUCCACAGCCCCUCAGCUCCGACCAUGUCAAAGUCUUUCUCUACCAGAUCCUUCGAGGUUUGAAGUAUCUGCACUCCGCCGGCAUUCUGCACAGAGACAUCAAACCUGGCAACCUUCUCGUCAACAGCAACUGUGUGCUCAAGAUCUGUGACUUCGGUCUUGCUCGGGUGGAGGAGCCUGAUGAGUCGCGUCACAUGACCCAGGAAGUGGUGACGCAGUACUACCGCGCCCCCGAGAUCCUCAUGGGAAGCCGCCAUUACUCCAACGCCAUCGACAUCUGGUCUGUGGGCUGCAUCUUCGCCGAGCUGCUGGGUCGACGCAUCCUCUUCCAGGCCCAGAGCCCCAUCCAGCAGUUGGAUUUGAUCACUGACCUGUUGGGAACGCCAUCUCUGGAGGCCAUGAGGACGGCGUGUGAAGGAGCCAGAGCUCAUAUAUUGAGAGGACCACAUAAACAGCCUUCACUUCCUGUCCUUUACACCCUGUCCAGUCAGGCGACCCAUGAGGCAGUUCACCUGCUCUGUAGGAUGCUGGUCUUCGACCCGUCAAAGAGGAUCUCUGCUAAAGAUGCUCUGGCUCACCCGUACCUGGAUGAAGGGCGCCUGCGCUACCACACCUGCAUGUGUAAAUGCUGCUACACCACAUCGUCUGGCCGAGUUUACACCAGCGACUUCGAGCCCGUCACCAACCCCAAGUUCGACGACGGCUUUGAGAAAAAUCUAACAUCAGUGCGGCAGGUCAAAGAGAUCAUUCAUCAGUUCAUCCUGGAGCAGCAGAAGGGAAAUCGGGUACCUUUAUGUAUAAAUCCCCAGUCCGCUGCUUUCAAAAGCUUUAUCAGCUCGACAGUAGCUCAGCCCUCCGAGAUGCCUCCGUCUCCUCUGGUGUGGGAGUAGCUAAUGAUGAAUGACAAACAUGAUGAUGAUGAUGAUGAUGAUGAAGACAUGGUGGCGGUGGCUGCCCACCCCACACACACACACACACACACACACACAUAAAUACACACAUAAACACACAAACACACACCUCCGGACUACUGAUGCCCCACAAAAAAAAAAAAAAAAAAAUCCUGCGUAGCAUUUCACUGGAGUUAGCACUUAGCCGAACGGCUGACGUGUGUGUGUACUGUAAUACUAACUAAACCUAAAUGAAGUUGUAAAGAAGCAACCACUGCUGAUCGAGGAAGUUUUGUGAGUAAAUAGAGAGUCAAGGGGCGGGGGCUGGGUGUGGUGUUAACGUACAGUAGAAGUAUUUCCACUACUCUGUAGUCUGUACAGUGGCAUGUGUAGGUGUAUGGAUAUGUGUGUGUGUGUGUGUGUGAGAGAAUUGUGCACACAUGUCAAAACAGACAGCGCCAACAGAUGAAGACGGACGGCCUCUGUGGACUAGAAGGUGUGUUUGAUGGAGGAAAGGCUGUUGCCAUUCAUCCACUCUGUACGUCAUGCUUUAUUUAUUCACUGAUAGAGGGAACGGGUGCAAUCACUCCAUAUAGCACGGAGGGCAAACACGCACUCUACCUCUCUCUCGCUUUCUCUCUCUCACACACACACACACACACGCACACACACACACCCCUGCCUCCUAGUGCAUUUUCCAGCUCAUCACUGUUUCAUUAAUUUAUUUAAUACUAGUGAGUUAUUUCAUAGCUUAGUCUUUCUUGGUUUUAUUUCGAUUUUGUUUUCGUCGCUGUAUUGUGUAUUUCAGUCAUCUUAUGCUCUUUCUCACACUUUCAGACGCAGCAUAAGAAAUCAGUAUUUCCUUACAGAGAUACUAAUGGCAAAGCCACUUCGAAGACUGCUGUACACGGUGCGCGUGGUCGUUCCCGUCAGUAUUUCAUACUGAAAUAUCAAAGGGAGCAGUAGGAAUCCGGCCCCACCCAAGUAGUGAGGUGUCUUGGAUAAACAGGCCAAAAUCAAGAGUGGCGUCCCUCAAGGUUCAAUGCUGGGGCAAAUCUAGAGUGGCAUCCUUCACCCAGCGGUCACACUAGCAAGCGACGAAUCUCUUUGUCACUGAUACUGUCUCUUUUUUGAGAAAUAGUACGAUAUGUGUGUGUGUGUCUUCUAACAAAUAAAAUGCACUGAUCAGUGUGCAAUUUGGUUGUUACGUGCUAGGAUUUGUACUCGCUUCUUUCAGCGGAUUGAAUUCGCAAAGCAAGGUGACUAUACUAGCUACGCAAAUGCACCAGAGAUUCCAAUAUCUGUAGCUUGCGCCUUCCUUUCAAGCUUUAUUUUUAUUGGAAUACAUUCGAUAUAAGUUGCACGUCAAUUUUUGCAUCUGGUAAGAAAUAAAGUUAUAAGUGAGGAACCACACUUUCCAUAGGAUUGGUCCGAGGGAUCAUUUGAAGAUCUCGAGUCAAAUGUGAUUUGUUGUGGGAAUCUUGGCUUCGUGAUGCGUACGUAGCAUCAAAAAUGAGCGAUCACGUGUCGCUCUGUCGCUUGCUAGUGUGAACAUGGGGCCAAAGUUAAAUGCCGAGGUAAAUAAAAAGUAGAAUCCGAGAAAUAGGGAUGCAAAAAAAAAAGCAUUCCUGAAGGAUAAAAAUGCUGAGGCAGAUAUAGUUCCUGAGCGAAAGAGGAGACCACGAUGCAGUGGGGUGGGGUAAAAUACAAAAUAAGUGGUUUCGAGAGACCGAGACUGUCGAUGGGUUCUUUUUCCACAAAAAGCAUGAGCAGAUCUCCCGCAUUUCCUCAGCUGCCAUCGUAAAAUAUUACUGAGCCAGUAGUUACGUAAUGGCUGAUACAGAAGGAACACGGAUGUCUCGUUCUUUAUGAAGCUUGAACUGAGGACGGCAAUGAUUCUCCAUAAACAUGUUGCGAUCAAUAGCCAUUCCAUAUUAACCAUGAAAUAUUCCCCCAAAAAAACAAACCUUGUUUCUAAAGACAAGUGUGCGAGUGAAUGUGCAUGUCUGAAUCCAAAGCAUGUGUUUCCGCCUGCCCGAGGCAUCGCACUGGCGAUCACUGAGGUCACUGACAUAUCCUCAACCCUGCAGUUUUUUUUCUUUCCUUUAUUUUUCUUUCCUUUUUUAAAAUAUUUUAUUUGUUCUUGUUCUUGUAGUUCUUGUUGAUGAUGACGAACCCAGGGAAGGAAGGCAUAGUUUCACCUUCAUCUCUUUCACACUGUCCGUAACGCAAUCUCUCAGAAAGGAAAAAAAAAACCUCUCUCAAAAAUAAACAAUAUUUAAUAUAUUUUUUAGAGGACUAUUUUUUAAUUUCUUCCUUAAAUGUGCUAUGGCAUGCUUUCCUCAUGAUCCACUGAAUAUGGUAUGUAAAUAAGUGAGUAGUUGAUAGAUUUCAAUGGAGACGAAAAAAACGACAGUGAAAGAAAGAUGUGCCGUGCAUAAAAAAAAGAAAUAAGAAAAAAAAACGAAAAGAAAAUAAGAAGAAUCAAAUAAAAAACAGUACUGCUGUAUAGAGGUCGCAUUAGCCUGCACAUUUUUUAGGGCUGUGAAAUUUGAUUUUAUUUUUGAGACUUGCAUAUAAUUGUACAUAUAUUUUUUUCCCUUUUUCUUUUAGUUUUUUUUUCCCUGCACUAAAAAAAAGUGUAGAUAAAAACAUAAUCCAGAACAGUAUGAUUAUGGAAACAAAUGACACAUAACCAAUUAUGUUAAUUGUUUUGUGUGUACUGCAAAGCUGUGGAUAUGAGUAGUCUAAUGAAGUAGAACCCUUUAUUAUUAUUAUUAUUAUUAUUAUUAUUAUUUGAAUUUUCUUUAAGGAAACACUGAACUGUUUGUGUAUAUGUAUAUACUGAAUUCACAUUGUUGGUCUCUACCUCUGGAGCUCAGUGACUUGGUUGUUUACCUCCACACAUUUUUAAUUUAAUGUGGAGAUUUAAAAACUUGAAUGUCCCUUCCAACUUUUAUAUUCCUAGAAAACCCUGUGCAAAAAAAUUACAAAAAAAAAACUUAAAAUAACAAUUGGUUGGAGGUGGGCCCAUCUAUACUUGUACAAAAUUCCAUAUUUCCACGUUUUCCCGAUUCAGUGUUUUUCCGACUGUUAGAUCACACCAAUCGUUUUCGUCAUGCGAUACAACCCACGAUGAUCGACAUGAUUGGUCUUCUUCACUGGAAGAUGUUGCAUUCAAGUUUGAAGUGCAAAAACAUGGCAGUGCUAAAACUUUUGAGCAGGUAUAGCAUGUUAAAGAUAACCAUGCCAGACUAAAUGGAGUGUGUUUUCAAGAACGAGACUAACCUGUAACAUGCAUUGGGCCAACUUGAGGAAAAAAAAAAAAGGUACUACUCAUGCUGUCAAACAUUUUUAUAAGACAUUUGAAGUUUCUACUCAGAGGUAAUGGUAUUUGCAUACAUUUUAUGAUAUAUAUGCUUAAAAUAAGGACAUAGCUUUGGAUGGCAUGAAAACAGAGGUGGGGAUCAGAAGGGACCGGAAGGACUCCAGAUGUAUUAUGUGUUUGAAAAAAAAUACAAAAAAAAAAAAAAAACGUGGCCGGUCUCUUUUCAAAAGUGUAGAUUUGAAGUACAGUGGUGAAGCUCAUUAAAUGUUGACAUUUAUGAAAACAAAA